CUCAAAAUUUCAUUUUCCCUCCAUUUCCCAUUCACCCUCAUUUUAAGAAUAUUUCAUCUUAAAAACAAAAACCUCAACAACAAAUAGCUUUGUGCGUUGGACUACUUCUUUAAUGUGACUCAUAGGAUGCAUUUGUUAAGGGCCACCGUUUGGGACACUGCAUUACAUUCUUUUCAUCCUCCUUAUCGAACACAAGUUGUACACUACUCCUAGCUAUUUUGCCCGACCUCGAUUGGUAGACUGGAUUCUUUUUUUUUUUUUUCCUUUCGGCAUACUUUGUUAUCAUCCUAACCUGAGCUGCUAACUAGAAUUCCAUCAGUUAUUAGUAUUUGAUUGUUUAUGGUACUAGGAGAAGCUAAGUUAUCUCCAGUUAAAUAACCAAUGCGGAAUCCCAAACAUGAUGAGAAGGCCAUCGUUCAAGAGUCCAGAAAUGCUUAAAGUCUGUUGUUUGUGAUAUGCAGAUCUUCGGGGCCUUUUGGUACCUGUUAUCUGUCGAACGCAAAGAUACAUGUUGGAAUGAAGCAUGUAGUGAAAAUGAGCAGUGCAAUGAAAAAUUAUCUUAUCUGUAUUGUUCACGUGAAGGAAACUUUAAUGUGACAGAAUGGCAAGAAAUUGGUAAGAGUGUUCUUGACGAGAAAUGUUCUGAGGAGGAAAACUUUCAGUAUGGAAUAUAUGCAAGAGCUGUAACAUCUGGUGUUCUUAACUCUGAGGAUUUCGUUGUCAAAUAUUGUUUUUGUUUGUGGUGGGGAUUGCAGAAUUUGAGCACACUUGGUCAGGGGCUUGAAACCAGUACCUAUACUCUGGAAAAUCUCUUUUCAAUAAUAUUGGCCAUUUCUGGACUCCUACUAUUUGCUCUUCUCAUUGGAAACAUGCAGACCUAUCUUCAGUCUCUGACGGUACGCCUUGAGGAAAUGAGGGUCAAAAGGCGUGACUCAGAGCAGUGGAUGCAUCACAGAGUACUUCCUCCUGAGCUAAGGGAGAGAGUUCGGCGUUAUGAUCAGUACAAAUGGCUGGAAACUAGAGGAGUAGAUGAAGAGAGUUUGGUGCAAAAUCUGCCAAAAGAUCUUAGGAGGGAUAUUAAGCGGCAUCUUUGUUUGAAUUUGGUCAGAAGGGUGCCCUUGUUUGAGAACAUGGACGAGAGGUUGCUUGAUGCAAUCUGUGAGCGGUUGAAACCAAGUUUAUGCACAGAAAAUACGUACAUAGUUAGGGAAGGGGACCCGGUUGGUGAAAUGUUGUUUAUAAUCCGUGGUCACCUAGAAAGUGUAACAACUGAUGGUGGAAGAAGUGGUUUCUUCAACAGAGGUAUUCUGAAAGAAAAUGACUUCUGCGGGGAGGAACUGCUGACAUGGGCAUUGGAUCCUAAAUCCGGUUCAAACUUGCCGCCAUCCACUAGGACUGUAAAGGCACUCACAGAAGUAGAGGCAUUUGCCUUAGAAGCAGAGGAAGUGAAGUACAUUACAUCUCAGUUCAGGCGGCUGCAGAGUCGACAGGUACAGCACACUUUUAGAUUUUACUCGCAGCAAUGGAGAACGUGGGCUGCCAGCUUUAUACAAGCUGCAUGGCGCCGUCAUAUGCGGAGAAAAAUUGCAGAACUUCGUCACAAUGAAGAAUUGGAAGAAGACGACUAUAAUGAGAACGAUGAUGGAGAAACGGAGUUGACACCAAUGUUGCAUAAAGCUCCAGAGCGACCACGUUAGUCUCUGAAAUUUUGCAGCUAAUGCUAUGUGUGGAGUUCAUAGGCUUCAAAACUCUGAGUUCUAGAGGGUAUAUAAAACUCAUGAAGCCUUCUAAUUAGUGUCCAUAAUUUAGACAUAUUACUUGGUCAAGAAAACGUUUUGUUUUGUUUUUUGUGAGUGUUUGAAUUUUCAUUAUGACAGUUGUUUUUGGAUUGCCGUAAGAGAAUUAGUUUUGUGUAUUGAAAGUGUCUAAAUUUUGUAAAAACAACAGUUAAUACAAACAAAAGUAUUUUAUUUCCUA